GCUUCAGUGGUGGCAAAAGCUUUAAUGACUGAAAUUAUUCCCAGAUGGGGAAUACCUAGCCUUUUGUCUAGCGACAAUGGAGCUCAUUUUGUAAACUCAGCGAUAACACAGAUAAGCUUCUUUAUCGGGAUAAACAUCAAGACCCACUGCGUUUACCAUCCCCAGUCCGCAGGCUUAGUGGAACGCAUUAACGGGACGUUAAAAGCAAAACUAGCUAAAUGCUGUGCAGACACAGGCCUCCCUUGGACAAAGGCGCUUCCUUUGGUCCUAAUGUAUAUGCGAAUGCGUACACAAUCUCGUUCCAAUCUCAGUCCGUAUGAGAUUCUGUUUGCCAGGCCUCCUUAUGUAAGGACAGAAAUGCCAAAGGCGGCAAUUCCCUCAACAGCUCUAUGUGAACAUGACAUGUUGAAAUACUGCACCCAACUUUCUUCUGCUCUUUCUGACAUAAGAAAACAGGUUUCAGCAGGUCUGCCUAAACCAGCUGAGGGACCACUGCAUAAGCUCCGGCCUGGGGACUUUGUGGUGAUCAAAAGCUUCAGGAGGAAGAACUGGCAGUCCAGACGCUGGGAAGGACCCUUCCAGAUCCUCCUGGUCACUCACACAGCAGUCAAGGUCGCAGAACGAUCCACGUGGGUGCACGCAACACACUGCAAACAGGUUCCGGACCCAGGAGAGGUGCCAGGUUCGCUAACACCUGCAACAAGUGACGAGCAGGUUCCCUGCUGAGUCACCUACGAGGGAAAUUGAUUCAGAGACCAGCCUGACAGACGGCGUUCUGUGCUAUCUCUGAAAUCAAUC